GGGGCGCUCUUCCCCAUGAGCGGCGGCUGGCCGGGGGGCCAGGCCUGUCUGCCCGCCGUGCGCAUGGCGCUGGAGGACGUGAACCGACGCCGGGACAUCCUGCCGGACCACGAGCUGCGCCUCAUCCACCACGACAGCAAGUGCGACCCAGGCCAAGCCACCAAAUACCUGUAUGAACUGCUCUACAAUGACCCCAUCAAGAUCAUCCUUAUGCCUGGCUGCAGCAGUGUCUCCACCUUGGUGGCCGAGGCCGCCCGCAUGUGGAACCUCAUCGUGCUGUCGUACGGCUCCAGCUCCCCAGCACUCUCCAAUCGCCAGCGCUUCCCCACCUUCUUCCGCACCCACCCCUCGGCCACUCUGCACAACCCCACGCGCGUCCAGCUCUUCAAGAAGUGGGGCUGGACCAAGAUCGCCACCAUCCAGCAGACCACGGAGGUCUUCACCUCGACCCUGGAUGACCUGGACCAGCGGGUGAAGGAGGCUGGCAUCGAGAUCACCUUCCGACAGAGCUUCUUCUCCGACCCCGCUGCACCUGUCCGCAGCCUCAAGCGCCAGGACGCUCGCAUCAUCGUGGGGCUCUUCUACGAGACCGAAGCGCGCAAGGUCUUCUGUGAGGUGUACAAGGAGAAGCUGUAUGGGAAGCGGUACGUCUGGUUCCUGAUCGGCUGGUACGCCGACAACUGGUUUCGCAUCAAGGACCCCGCCAUCAACUGCACGGAGGCAGAGAUGGCGGAGGCAGUGGAGGGGCAUGUCACUACCGAGAUCGUCAUGCUGAACCCUGAGAACACCCGCAGCAUCUCCAACAUGACCUCCCAGGAGUUCAUUGAGAAGCUGCAGAAGCGGCUGGGCAAGAACCCGGAGGAGACGGGGGGGUUCCAGGAGGCGCCGCUGGCCUACGAUGCCAUCUGGGCCCUGGCCCUGGCACUCAACAAGACCUCGGCCGAGCUGGUGAAGAAGGGGCUGCGGCUGGAGGACUUCAACUACAACAACAAGAACAUCACAGAUGAGAUCUACCGCGCCCUCAACUCCUCCGCCUUUGAGGGGGUGUCGGGUCACGUGGUAUUCGACGCCAGUGGCUCCCGCAUGGCCUGGACCCUCAUCGAACAGCUGCAGGGUGGGGUCUACAAGAAGAUCGGCUACUAUGACAGCACUAAGGACAACCUCUCCUGGUACAACAAUGACAAGUGGAUCGGGGAUGCCCCCCCGGCUGACUACACCAAGGUGAUCACCACCUUCCGUUUCCUGUCGCAGAAGCUCUUCAUCUCAGUGUCGGUGCUCGCGAGCCUGGGCAUCCUGCUGGCCAUCGUCUGCCUAGCCUUCAACAUCUACAACGGGCACGUCCGGUACAUCCAGAACUCCCAGCCCUAUCUCAACAACAUGACAGCCGUGGGCUGCACGCUGGCGCUGGCCGCUGUCUUCCCCCUGGGGCUGGAUGGCUACCACAUCGGGUCUGGGCUCUUCCCCUUCAUCUGCCAGGCCCGGCUCUGGCUGCUGGGGCUGGGGUUCAGCCUGGCCUACGGCAGCAUGUUCACUAAAAUCUGGUGGGUGCACACCGUCUUCACCAAGAAAGAGGAGAAGAAGGAGAGACGCAAGACCCUGGAGCCCUGGAAGCUGUACGCCACCGUGGGGCUGCUGGUGGGGCUGGACGUGGUCAUGCUGGCCGUCUGGCAAAUCGUCGACCCGCUGCAUCGCACCAUCGAGGAAUUCACCAAAGAGGAACCGAAAACCGACAUCGACGUCUCGAUCCUGCCCCAGCUGGAGCACUGCAGCUCCACCAAGAUGAACACCUGGCUGGGGAUAUUCUAUGGGUUCAAGGGACUGCUGCUGCUGCUGGGCAUCUUCCUGGCCUACGAGACCAAGAGCGUCUCCACCGAGAAGAUAAAUGACCACCGAGCUGUGGGCAUGGCCAUCUACAACGUGGCGGUGCUGUGUCUGAUCACCGCCCCCGUCACCAUGAUCCUGAACAGCCAGCAGGAUGCUGCCUUUGCCUUCGCCUCACUGGCCGUUGUCUUCUCCUCCUACAUCACCCUGGUGGUGCUCUUCGUGCCCAAGAUGCGGCGUCUCAUCACCAGGGGCGAGUGGCAGUCAGAGCAGCAGGAUACCAUGAAAACGGGCUCAUCCACCAACAACAAUGAGGAGGAGAAAUCCCGGCUGCUGGAGAAGGAGAACAGGGAGCUGGAGAAGAUCAUUGCAGAGAAGGAGGAGCGCGUCUCCGAGCUCCGCCAGCAGCUCCAGGACCGGCAGCAGCUGCGCUCCCGGCGCCGCCCCUCCAACCCCUCCUCGCGGGAUGGCUGUGCUGCUGACAACCACUUCACCAACGCGGCCGGGCCAGUGCCCACCCUCUACCAGCCCAGCCUGCCCCUGGUGCGCUGCCUCGUCUCCGAGCAGGCCGACAAGCUGGGCCGCAGCAACUGCGACGGCAGCCGCGUCCACCUGCUCUACAAGUGA